AUGUGCCUCUCCAUCUUCCUUCUUUGGCUUGUCAGCAUCCCUUUAUCUCUAUGUGCAAACUCUCUUUCAAUUCCUGACGUUCGAGGUUUUCUUCUAAAUUGUGGUGCGGACCCAUCUAACGAAGUAAUCACAAAUGGUGUCAAAUACAUCUCAGAUGUGGGGUUCACAUCAUCUGGGAAUAGAACACACCUCAAAGCCUCAAACCUGUUGCCUAUACUAACCACAUUGCGGUAUUUUCCUGACCCAACUGCACGAAAAUAUUGCUACGAGAUACCUGUGAUCAAAGGAGGGAAGUACCUGCUGAGAACAACAUAUUAUUAUGGACGUUUUGAUGGAGGGAAAGAGCCACCUGUAUUCGACCAAAUUGUAGACGGGACUAAAUGGAGCAUUGUGAAUACUACAGAGGACCAUGCCAAUGGACUUAGUUCAUUUUAUGAGCUUGUGGUGGUUGCCAUGGGAAAAAUGCUAAGUGUGUGCUUGGCUAGGAAUGAGAAGACUAUUUCGAGUCCGUUUAUCUCGGCUCUUGAGUUGGAGUUCUUAGAGGAUUCCUUAUAUAACACAACAGAUUUUGGCAAGUAUGCGCUUAGUACAGUUGCGAGGAGUAGCUUUGGAAGUGAGGAGGACAUGAUUGGUUAUCCAGAUGACCAAUUCAACCGUUUAUGGCAACCAUUCCUGGACAAGAACCCUGUUGUCACAAGCCACUUCAAUGUAACUUCUUCAGAUUUUUGGAACCUCCCACCACCACAGGCAUUCAGCACAGCAAUCUCCACAAGCGAAGUAAAGAAACUCCAAAUCAUGUGGCCACCUGUGGCGCUUCCUAAUACCAGCUACUAUAUCUCACUCUAUUUCCAGGACAAUCGGACCCCUAGUCCGUAUAGCUGGAGAGUUUUUGAUGUUUCUCUAAAUGGCAGGAAAUUCUUCACUAAUCUUAAUGCCACAACCAAUGGUGUGACUGUUUACUCGACACAAUGGCCUCUAUUUGGGCUGACUGAGAUUGUCUUAACUCCUGCAAAUGGGAUGAAUGUUGGCCCUUUGAUCAAUGCUGGUGAGGUCUUUCAAAUCGUGCCUCUUGGUGGAAGGACACUCACAAGAGAUGUGGUGGCAAUGGAAAAGUUAGCUAGAAGCUUUAAUGAUCCACCUUCAGAUUGGAGUGGUGAUCCUUGCUUGCCUAAAGAGAAUUCAUGGACAGGAGUUACAUGUUUUAUUUCGGGGAAAUUUGCUCGUGUUAUCGCUGUGAAUUUAACUAAUGCUGGACUGUUAGGAUCAUUGUCUUCAAGCAUUGACAAGUUAACUGCACUCACCCAUCUUUGGCUUGGGGGAAACAAUCUCUCAGGAAAAAUCCCAGAAAUGAGCUCAUUGAAGGCACUACAAACUUUGAAUUUGGAGAAUAACAAGUUUGAAGGAGAGAUUCCUCAAUCAUUAGGACUACUUCCAAAACUACAUGAGUUAUACCUUCAAAAUAACAAUCUUGAUACAAGAAUUCCCACCACACUACAAAAUAGAAAAGACAUGGACAUUCUGUAA